GGAAUUGAAAGAAAUUAUUGAGGGGAAAACAAAAUGGACAGAUGGAGAAAUUAAUCGAUUUCAAGUCCGCCUUCCCUCCCAACCCAGAACGGCUUCUCUUUUCUCGUUCAUCUUUCACACCUUCAAUCCCUCUCACGACGAAAAACCCUUAAUUCCCAAUCUCAGAUUCGUCAUAUUCAUGUGUUUUUUUCCUCUAAAAUUCUUCCAAUUACUGUCCACUGAACUUUUCAGAGCGGAUCGAGUCUUGAUUCUCACUCGAUCCGCGUUUUCUUUGCAAAAUUAGCUUCUUGGACUUCCAUGGGUGACGCUUAAGCUUGGAGUUUGGGCCGUAUUCUGCAAAUUUUCUUGUUGGGUUUGUUUGUUUUGUUGUCGGCUUUGUUCCCGUUGAUUCCUGAGGAAUCUUACCGCGUUUCAAGAGUUGGGUUUAUCGUGAAGUUGCUUUCCUUUCGUGGGUUCAAGUGGGUUAGCGUUGAUUUGGGUGAGAGGCACUUCCAUGGAGUAUGAACCGUCGGAUAGCAGUGGAACAGAUGAUGACCUUCCUCCUCCUCAUCAAAGUAGAUUUCAAAGAGGUGGGCUUCCUGCUGGGAAUGGAAGAUCUGCACCGGUAAAUUCUUCUACGUUACCUAGGAUGCUCGGUGAUAUGGAAAUGCAGAUCCACCACAUUGAGCAGGAAGCAUAUAGUUCAGUCCUGCGCGCUUUUAAAGCUCAAUCUGAUGCAAUUACAUGGGAGAAGGAAAGUUUAAUAACAGAAUUAAGAAAGGAGUUGAGAGUAUCAGAUGAAGAACACAGAAAACUUUUAUCUAGGGUAAAUGCGGAUGAUGUCAUCAAAAGGAUAAGGGAAUGGAGAACAGCAAAUGGGCAACAACCUGGAAAGCUCAAUUCUGAUCAACCCAUGGCCGAUCCCGUACCCAGCCCCACUGCCUCAGCAUCACGGAAGAAACAGAAAACUUCCCAGGCCUCCUUGUCCCAAGGUGCACCUACUCCUGCAGCACCCCCUGGUACGCAACCAUCUUCGUCAGCCUUAAGACGUGGUCCGCCCCCUGGAGCUAGGACUACAAAGACAAAAUCAUCCAUGCAUACAGGUCCUACCGGAAGUGGCCAAGUGAACAAUCGAGGUUCUUUAGGGGCCUUUGCUUCAAAUGAAAAUGUUGAAGGAGUCAACCACGAACCGUUAAUUGGACGGAAAGUUUGGACUAGGUGGCCUGAAGAUAACAGCUUCUAUGAGGCUGUUAUAACUGAUUUUAACCAUGCUGAGGGUCGUCAUGCUUUGGUCUAUGAUAUCAAUACAGCACAUGAGACAUGGGAAUGGGUCAACCUUAAAGAGAUAUCUCCUGAAGAUAUUAGGUGGGAACGAGAGGGUUCUGUAGUAUCACGCAGUGGUGCUCGCCCUGGGCACGGGAGGGGAAAUAAGAAGUCCAUGACAAGAGGCGGUGCAGUUGCUGCUGGUGGAAGGGGUAGAGGAACCACGAAGGGUCAAUCAAGGAGAGACUUACCUGUAUCCCAAAAUGGAUCUCGGAAGCAGGCUACGGGUGAUAUUGAAAUACUUCAUACAGAUACGCUGAUUAAGGAGGUGGAAAAAGUAUUUGGUGCUAAUCAUCCGGAUCCCAUGGAGAUUGAAAAGGCCAAGAAAGUACUGAAAGAUCACGAGCAAUCCCUUGUUGAUGCAAUUGCAAGGCUCGAAGAUGCAUCUGAUGGUGAAAGUGCAGAUGGGAGAGAACCAUAUUCUCAAGGACAAUCGAUGGUUCGUGUAUGAUGUAUAGAGUGGCCGAAACUUGAAAAUGCUUAUACCCGCAGGCUUGCCAAUAAUCAAUGGCAAUGGUGAUGAAUCCAUUUUGUUGAAUGGGACACACAGCAGCACGCCGCUCCAUAAUGGUGUUUUCAAAUUUUUAUGACCAACUGUGCAGUUACUGGUGCCUUGCCAUGGCUUUUGUUUAUUGAUUGUUAAGAGUUCUUGUUUUAUUUUAAUCUCUAGCCUUUAACUUCAGUAGAAAUGUUCUUUUCUUGUAAAACCUUAUUCUAUAGUCAAUAGAAUCUCAUGUAGAUUAGUCA